UAAUAAUAAAUCAAUCAUUCAUACAGUCAAAGGCAGACAAUAUGUAUAAACUGUGGUGUCAUAUCAAAAAUUCAAUACAAAAUAUUAUCAAGAGUGCAUUUUCAUUUCUUAUUUGCACGAAAUUAAUAAAGAUCUUUUACAUAUCUGAUACAAAGACGUUGCCUAAUCAUUGGAGGGUUAAGAAAAGGUCAAUUUGUGUUCAAACGGAGUCUGAUACUCAAACUGUGUUUUCUAUAAGUGUUAAUGAAAAUUGUAUUGGUGAUGUCGAAUUUAAAACAUGUAGGAAUAGUUUUAUGUCUAAAAUGAGUGAUGGAGCUGUAGAUGAAGAUAAUGCUUCCGUUUGCGGUGAAGAUGAAAAUAUGAGCGGGUACGGCUCUGGCGGCAUGUCGGGCGCCGGCGACACGGACUCGCUGUCGCGGCGGCUGCGCGAUGCCGAGCGCGCGCGUGCUGACGCCGAGCGCGCGCAUGCCGACGCGCUCGCACAACUGCGCGCCGCGCAACGCUCGCCUAUCGACUCGCAUAAUGUCGAACAACUGCAGUCCAGAGCGAGGGAACUUGAGAAAAAGGCGGCCUUGGAGACCGUUCGCUGCGAGGAGCUGCAGCUGGAGCUAUCGUCGGCGCUGCGCGCGCGAGGCGGAGGUGGCGGCACCACGUGGUCCACGCAGGCCGCGCAGCCCGCCUCUGAGAUUGAGCGCAUUAUGGCCAAGAUCGAGCAGGACAACCGUAUACUAGCUGAGCUCGAGCACACCAGGUCUACCACACACGGUAUCCAGUCAAGCGGGUCAAACCAGGCCUUAGGAGAGUUCCACUCGCCGACGCCGUCACCACUGCCGCACUCGUACACGAGCACGUCUGGCCACGUGGCCAUCUGCCAGAGCAGCACGAUGCCGACGCUCUCGUCGCUGCACGCCACCGGCCAGUUCACGGCGCCCAGCUCCAACUCCGUCGCCUACUCUAUGAGCGCACACAACCCCACGUCAUACGCCAACCCGGUGUCCGCCUACUCCACCAACUCAUACGGCCUCUCAAACACCCAUCAAGUUACGUUCACGAAUCCAGUCACUGCCCCACUCGUCAAUAACAUUGGACAAAUCUCAAGUACACUAGCCGGACUGCAGAGCAACCUACAAAACAUAACUGGCAACGUAUCCUCAAUGAACUUGGGCACAGGCCUCGCUCCCGGCAUGACGGGGACUAUAGCGGGAACUGGCCUAUCCAGUUGUUUGAACAACGCGCAGACCAGCCUAUCUGGUGGACUAACAGGUACGUUGGGAGGAAUACAGUCAACACUGACUAGCGGACUGGGGAACGCGCUUUCAAACUUGACUGGAGGGACACAACUCGGUGGCUUGAACACUAGUUUGGGAGGGCCGAGUGCGUACGGCACUGGCACCGGCACAUAUACAAACCCCCUGCUCUCUAGCGGACUAGGAAGCAAUCCCAUGAACAUAAAACUGAAACCUCUAGAUGAAAUAGACCUCGGUAUCGGUAGAUACGGGACAACGACGACGGGAGUGGGGCGGGUGGCCACGCCGGUCACGCCGCACCAGCCUUCGUGGAACUUAGGAUUAGAUAGCCAAUUUGGAACUGAUAGACUAGGAGGCUUAGACUCGGGAUUUAGUCACGAUCGGAACCAAAGAGCUAUAGCGAGGAUUAUGCCUAAUACCGGCAUGGAUAUGGAAGUUCGGAAUACGUCGCAUUAUAUGAAUGGAGCGCCAUCAGAAAGUACUGUGGACAUGUUGGAUAUACCGGGGAAAGGCCGUUGUUGUGUAUACAUUGCUCGGUUUUCUUACGACCCGCCUGAGAUCGAGAGUGCUGAAGGAGAGCUGUCGAUAGGCGCUGGUGACUACCUGCUGGUGUGGGGUCCCCCAGACAAUAACGCGUCGAUGCUUGAUGCUGAGCUCUUGGACGGUCGUCGGGGCUUAGUGCCGGCCAACUUUGUCCAAAGAUUAGUCGGGGACGACCUCUUAGAAUUUCAUCAGGUUCAUCUUUUCCUUCAGGCGGUAGUUGCAACGCUAAGAGACAGUGAAGAUACUGCUACUACUGCAAUAAGUGAACUGUCCCUCAGCCGCGAUGUUGCCCGCCUUAGCGAAGUAGCUGAACUAAGCGAAGGCCCAGAAGAUGAUGACAAUGCCGAGCUGUUUUUCUCGUCGCUAGUGCCGGCGCCGCGGCAGCUCACGCUGGAGAGGCAACUCAACAAGUCCGUGCUGAUCGGCUGGACGUCGCCCGAGGGCGUCAUGCAAGCCAACAUCGAGAGCUACCACGUGUACGUCGACGGAGUCCUCAAGACCACCGUCAAGGCUUCGGAGCGCACGCGGGCGCUCGUCGAGGGCGUCGACUCCAACCGGCCUCACCGUAUCAGCGUGCGUUCGGUGACGGUGUCGCGUCGCACCUCCCGGGACGCGGCUUGCACGAUGGUCAUUGGUAGGGACACGGCUAACAUGGGACCGACUUGUGUCCGGGCUAGCGGCGUCACCUGCUCCCAAGCCGUCAUCUCCUGGUUGCCGGCAAACUCGAACCAUCAGCACGUCGUCUGUGUAAAUAAUGUUGAAGUACGAACAGUUAAGCCAGGAGUGUACCGUCACACGAUCACAGGUUUAUCACCGAGCACGCAGUAUCGGGUAACUGUAAGGGCUAAGCAUUUAAGAGCUGGGCCACCGGCUUCGGGAGUGCCUAUCGAAGAAGCUCCAGGAGCGUACACAGACUUCAGGACUCUGCCCAAAGGUCUCCCGGACCCACCAAACGAGAUCAUGGUGGAAGCGGGACCUCAGGACGGGACCCUGCUGGUGACUUGGCAGCCGGUACUGCGUCCGCCCGCCUCGGGCCCGGUCACUGGGUACGCUGUGUAUGCUGAUGGCAAGAAGGUGACCGACGUGGAUUCGCCCACCGGUGACCACGCUCUCAUCGACAUUGGCAAACUGAUCGGGCUCAAUCCCAAAUGUGUCACCGUACGAACAAAGUCAAGAGACAGUCAGUCCAGUGACAGUGCACCUACGGCGAUUCCGCCGGCGGUGCUGCGCGGGGUAGCGACGCGGAUGCCCCGCGGGCCGGGCCCGGGGCCCAACCAGCCCGGGCCCGCCGGCUACCGGGGCCCGCAGCGGCCCCAGCCCUACCAGCACCACCAGCAAGUCAUAGAGCACGAUGAGAAUCUAUCCGACAAGGAGAUUUUCCCUACCGCCAACCGUCACGACCAGCACCCCGCUCAGCCAACGAGUGGAUUCGGCACAGGCCUCCUAAAGAGUAUAUUCGACAAAAUAACCCCUUCGCAAUCGGGGAUACCGGCCAUCGAAAUCACUAAAGAGAGCGCGGCGGAGCUGGCUAGCGAGGAGGAGGAGGCGACGCGCCGCCGCCCGCAGCAACCGUCCCAACCAGCGCAAGCGUCGCAGCAGCCAUCGGGUCAGCCGUACCCGAGUACACAAGCCUACCAUGGCACGCAGCAACCCCCCUAUCCACCAGCCGGGCAGUUCCCAAGUAACGCGGCGUACGGGGGCGCGCCGGGCGGGCCCCAGUCGCAGCCCUACCAGAACCCGCCGCCCCGCAACCACCACGAGCGCGGCCGCCCUCCUAACCCGCAUCAGCAGCAACAACAGCAGCAGCAGCAACAACAACAACAGCAGCAGCAACAACAACAACAGCAGCAGGGGCAGCCCGGCACCGGCAUGCAGUACACGGCCCGCGGCGGCCCUCCUCCAGGGCCGCGGGGGGCCCAGCCCGGUGCCCGGCACGCGCAGCCUCACACUCAGUCUAAGAGAACUCGCUACUUUAUCGCACUGUUCGAUUACGACCCGCAAACCAUGAGCCCGAACCCAGAAAGCUGUGAAGAGGAACUGCCCUUCAGUGAAGGAGACACUAUCAAGGUCUGGGGCGACAAAGACGCUGACGGGUUCUAUUGGGGCGAGUGUCGCUCUCGCCGGGGCUACGUGCCUCACAACAUGGUGAUGGAGGUGUCGGAGCAGGAGGCGACGGGGCAGACCAGCAAGCGAGACCGCUGGGCCGACGCAUACGCCAACCAGCCCGUGCGACGCAUGGUCGCGCUGUACGACUACGACCCGCAGGAGCUCAGCCCUAAUGUCGAUGCUGAUGCUGAGCUGAGCUUCCAAACGGGUCAGAUCAUCCACGUGUACGGAGACAUGGAUGACGACGGGUUCUACAUGGCGGAGAUAGACGGCGUCCGCGGUCUCGUGCCCAGCAACUUCCUCGCCGACACCAACGACCAGUACCCGGCGGCUGGCCAGAGUGGUCAAGGGGUGGCAGGCGCCAUGGGUGCUAUGGGUUCUAUGGGUGUUGCCGGAGCGGCGGGGGCGGGCGCGAGGGGCGCGGGGCGGGGUCGCGGCGCCGGCGCCCUGCCCGGGCCUGGCGCCCGCGGGCCCCCGCCCCCGCCGCGUGACAACGUGGCCCCGCACCACCGCAACCACCACCGCAGGACAGAUGCCUGCCCUCUUCCCCCUUCUCAGUUAGACCACAACACAUGCGCCAGUAAUCCAGAACAGGCGAAUUCUCAGCGUAGUGACUCUGGCUUGGCGCGACAGGCGAGGCAGAGAGGCGCGGCGAUCGCGCCGGCGGCGGCGGCGAGCACGAUCGCGCGCACGAGCGCUGGUAACGCGGGCACGCCGCCGGCGCAGUCGCCCGGCGCGCCCGCGCCCGCCUCGCCCGCGCGCCGCCCGGGGCCCGCCGUCGUGCCGGCGCCCGCGCCCGCCGCCUCCACGCCCGCCUCGCAGCCCAACCUCAUGCAGAAGUUCUCCGAGAUGACGGCGCCCGGCGGCGACAUCCUCAGCAAGGGCAAGGAGCUCAUCUUCAUGAAGUUCGGGCUCGGCGGGAAAUAA